UUAAGUAAAGAAUGAUGCGCGUCAGUUUGUGGUACAGAGAUUAGCUUUUAAAAAGCGAUUUAUCUGGUAUUAGCAUCUUUAAUGUUUUAUGUCCAACCCCUAGCUCAAAAAUGUCUUAAUAAUAAUUAGCCUCCACAUUAAAGAGCAACUCAAAUAUUUUAUUACAUAGUUUGGAUAGUGCAAUAUUAUUUAAAGUAAGUUUGCAGCACUGACGAAUUCAGAUAUUUACUAGACCAACAAACAAACAUCCAAACACACCAGUUUAUUUGUCAAUGGUGCACUAAUAGCAUUUACUCCAAUUAAUACAAGUACCGCAAUACCAUUAGUAUUGGAUCGACUAACAAUUCCUCCAUUCGUUGCUCACAAUUGAUCAGUAAAGACCAUGUAAAGACUCAUUUAAAACGAAAAGCUAAAAUGUUUGAAUACCACAAAAAUAAAAUCAACGAAAUCCACAGCAUCCCAAAUAAUUUGUCUGUUGAAGAAAAUCUUUAUUUCAGAGAUUAUUAUUUAAAAGAUUUCAAAUAUAUAAGUCCAGAUGUGAUAAAUUUGAAUAAAAAUAAGAUUAUAAAUAAGGAUGUUGAGAAGCCAGUGAUUAGUGAGGAAGUGGAAGCGAAGUCAGUGCUCGAGAAGUGGGUCAGCGAAGUCAUGAAAGGGCUGAAGCAGUUCUUCUACCAAGGAUCCUUGCAUGGAGUGAAAUACAUCUUCGAGCCCACCUUUGGCAGCAAAGAGAAGGCGACAUGGGUUAUUAUCAUGUUCAUCAGUAUCUUCAUCUGCGCAGUCGUCAUCAUCCAGCUGUUCUGCAAGUGGACCUCGACCCCUUUCGUCAACGUCAUCGACUCUGUUCCCACGCCCAUAUGGGCAGUUCCUUUCCCAACUGUGGUAAUUUGCCCCCAUUUGCAUGUGAAGAAGUCGCAUGCUGACGUGUCGGAGUUAAAGGGUUUCGGACCCAACCGGACUCCCUCGUGGGAUAACGGUGGCGAGAUAGAAUUCUUUGCUUCCCUAGUAUGCCCCAGGAUGAAGAAUGAAAACAAGUUUAUGGAAAACAGACUAACUGACGACCAGUUUAUUAAACUCCGAGAAUUUGUCACCAAGGGUGCGCCAACAUGUUCUGACGUCAUCAAAGCCUGCAACUGGCCAGCCCUGCAUGACUCCCGCUGGGAGAUCGAUAAAUGUUGUGAGCUCUUUGAACCAAUAUUCACUAACUACGGACUGUGUUACGCAUUUAAUAGUCUGCCGCUGAAUGCCAUGACAAAUGAAACCUUAUCUUGGCAUAGAGUUUUCAACAAGAACGCUACACCAGCAGCCUUGGAAUGGGGCCUGGAUAUCGGCUACCCGAAGGUCUUCCCUCCUGACCUGACUAUGAAGCCGUUGAGGGUCAUGGCGUCCGGCGAGUCUAACGGUCUGGGAGUCGAACUGUUUCUCAAUAAUAGCGAACAUCAGUACGCUUGUGAGGGGAAUAGCUUGGGAUUCACUAUACUAAUAGCCUCACCAACAGACCACGUCUACACAAGCACAGUCCUCCGCCUCCCAAUGGACCGCAUGACGACAAUUGAAGUCACUCCUCUCACUUACAAGACCGACUCGUCCCUCCGAGCCCUCUCGCCGUACAAGAGGCAGUGCUUCUUCCAGAACGAAAAGAGGCUUCAAUACUAUGAGUUCUAUACUGAUAGUAAUUGUAAACAUGAUUUGUGGGUGCAGGAAGCAAGGAAUAAAUGUAACUGUGUGCUGUUUCAUUGGCCAAGGCAAUACAUUUCGGAACCAAUCUGCACAACGAAGGUUGAUUUUAAUUGUAUCAGUAGUGUCAAAGCAAAAGUAGAAGAGCAGUUGAUUUACGCGUACUACGCCGAGAGCGAAGAUGAAAGAGGGACACAACACGAGUCCAAGUCGUGUCAUCCAUCUUGUAAUGACGUCAUCUAUGCUAAUCAAGUCUUCUACUCAGACCUGACCAGAGAGAAUACCUCACAUAAAUGGGGUACCUUUAAACUGGGAGAGGUGACAAAAAUCAACGUUCACUUUUACGACGACAUGUUUCUUGGACAACAUCGUCAUGCGCAAUAUGAUGAUUAUUAUUUUGUCGGUGCCAUCGGUGGACUUCUGAGUCUGUUCCUCGGCUUCAGUAUCAUCAGCGUCGCCGAGCUGAUCUACUUCGUGUUACUGAAGCCUGCUUACGUCAUCAUGAUUGAUAUUAGCAGCUAUUCCUAA